AAUGCUCAAUGCAGUGCACGCCUGCGUAGUUUUUGGAAGCUGUGAAAAAAAUGGCUUUUGGGGAGUAGUGUUGUUUGAGUGUUGUGGUAGAUUUUUAAAAUUAUCGAAAUAACACGUUCCAAAAAAAAAAAAAAAAGAAAAAAUUGUGGACACACUUUAGGAUAAAAUGAGUAAAUAUAUGUACUCCACUGCGAACUUAACAGACAAGGAGUUAAAGGACCAGGGAAACAGACUUUUCACGUUAAGGAAAUACGAGGAUGCAGUAAAUUGUUACACUAAAGCCAUCAUAAAAAAUCCAAAUGUGCCGACUUACUUCACAAACAGAGCACUUUGCCACCUCAAGACAAAAAGGUGGGAGGAAGCGUGCCAGGACUGCCGAAGAGCGCUUGACAUGGAUCCAAAUUUAGUCAAAGGACAUUUUUUUCUGGGGCAAGCUUUAUUAGAAAUGGAUAAUUAUGAUGAAGCAAUAAAACAUUUACAGAGAGCAAAUGAUCUAGCUAAGGAACAGAAAUUAAAUUUUGGUGAUGACAUUGCAAGUCAGCUAAGGGCAGCCCGGAAAAAGAGGUGGAAUGUACAAGAAGAAAAACGAAUUGCACAAGAGAUAGAACUACAGUCUUACUUGAACAGAUUGAUAAGGGAGGACACCGAGCGGCAGAUAGAAAAACUGCGUGAAGAAAGUGGUGGAAAUGAAGAACUUGUCCAGGACAAAGUGAUGGAGCUGGAGCAACAGUGUGACAACAAUACAAGUGAACUAAAUGCUAUAUUUGCCAAAGUAGAUGAAAGGAGAAGAAAGCGGGAUGUUCCAGAUUAUCUGUGUGGAAAAAUAAGCUUUGAGAUCCUUCGUGAACCAGUAAUCACUCCUAGUGGUAUAACUUAUGAGAGGAAAGAUAUAGAAGAACAUUUGCAGAGAGUUGGCCAUUUUGACCCAGUUACGAGGGUAAAAUUGACCCAAGACCAGCUGAUCCCAAAUUUUGCCAUGAAAGAAGUUGUUGAUGGAUUUUUGCAAGAAAAUGAAUGGGCUCUGGACUACUGAGGAUUCAACAGAGUAUUGAGAAGACUGUUCGUCACACACAGACGUAUAAGUAUGUGGACAUUGUCCACUAAUUUGAGCCUGUAAUUGCAUUUACUUGCGUGAGUGAUUCCGCUGAAAAGUGCCAUGAAAACAUUAAUCUUCAUGUAUCAAUAUAACUUUUUUGGAUUGACAUUUUGACAGUUUGAGAUUGUGGUAAUUAGUAUUCUGUACUUAUUCCUUGCAUUCAAAAUGAAUGGUCCUCAAUUUAGACUUUCUGCUGUUCAGGAAAGAGUACGUGUGUGAUAUGCUAGAUCAAUGCUCAUGCUGAAGUUGGAUGCCACGAAUAUUAUGUGAUGAACCUACGCAGGGAAUCUCAUCUGUACAUUAACAUAUUGCAUUCAUAAAUUUGUACAAAAUUUGGUGGAUUGUUGAUUUGUCAGUGCACUACCUGUUACCAUUGUACAAUAAAAGUGUAUUUUUAUUUCAAA